AUGGCAGAAAACACAAUUCUGUCACUGUGUUUCCCGUGUCCGACACCAGCACAGGCAGGACCUGUGGAUGAGACAAUAACGAAUGCUUUUCAACAAUUAUGUAAUGAAGUCAGCCGCAGCCACCACUGUCAGGUCAUACUUGAUGUCAACGUCAAUAACACACAAGCUAAAAAGAGACUCUCGAUCGAAACUCAUGCAUCAGUCUACAACGUCACCAUCACUGGUGCUUAUCAGAAUGUCACGUCAGCCAGAGGUGUCCUCAUGCGCAACAGUCCUCUCAAGCCAAGACUAUCCUUCAAGGUCAGCAAAGCCUCGAUCGCAGCAGAUGCUUUUCCAGAGUCAACCACAACCCAACUAUUGGGAUCAAAGGAUCAGAAUAAAAGCAUAACUUUAUCAUCAUCAGUCUCUAUAUCAGAUGACUUUGGCUCCAAUAACCAGGUAUCUUCAAAUAGUCAGCCUAUUCUCAACCCAGUUGAAAAUAUUGCAACCAAUGGGGUAGAUCCUACAGUGAUUCCAGCUUCUAUACCAGCGACAUCAACAAUCGCACCCUUCUCUGCAUACUUCACUGUACUGCCUGCAUUCAAGACUCAGGUGGAACAAAUAUCAGCAACUACAAAAACAUCAAUCACUAUCGUUUCUAGUCAGCUUCAUGCUUUACCUUCUACAAAGUCAGUGGUAGCUGCUCAUGCGAGACAGGAAAUGGUCGAGGUGCUUAUCUGGGGAUCGUGGGAGAAUGCAGAAAGCGCACGGCUACUGCUUCUGGCUGCUAUUGACGCACUUCAGCCUGGGACUGUGCAAGAAAAGAUUCAAGUGGAGCUCAAAUACCAAAACAUGGUUGGUGGUCGUAAGCGGGAACAACUACAGGAAUUGAUGGCCAAGACCAGGACAAAUAUCUACUUGGCCUCACCAUUUGUCCAAACAAUCAACAAGAGUGGAGCUCCGCUCGAUCCUAAAUACGGUGAGAUCUACAUCACGGGAGAACCAUCCAAGGUUCAAAUGGCCAAGGAUGCCUUGGCCAAAGUGUAUACUCGCGUCCAGGCAGCUGCACCCGCUUUUACUCGACAGGUGAAUAUUGUCUCUCGCAAGCUUGACUGGAUGCUUGUCAAUCACCGUGAUAAACUGCGGUCAAUCAUGCUUGAUAAUGCUUCCUUUAUUGCCUUUCCACCAUUGGGUGCUAGCCACCCAGUCCUGUUUGUCUAUGGGGAAUCAAGAGUUAAUGUGGAGCGGACCAUCCGCACCGUGAUGCAGCUUGCUUCUCAAUUUCAUUCGGGAUCAAUCAAUAUGCUUGCAGCUGUCCGUGAUAGCUUGCUGAUCACGCAGAAUGCCUUAUCACCUAUUGCAAACAUUUCAAAGCUUGUUUCGCAAGCAUCUGGUGCUGAGGUUGAGUUCCGCAACAACAGCUUUCUCAUCUUUGGAAGUGAGAUCGAAACCAGAAUCGCUGUUCAAUAUCUAGCUGAUGUCGACUUUGUCAAAGCGAUGCACAGCGAAAUCAAAUUCUCGGUAGAAUUGGCGAAUGAGCAUCGUGAGUUUAUUUCUGGAAAGAAAAACGGCAAAAUCAACCGUAUCAUGAAGGCCACUGGUGCAAAGAUCAAAUUUGAUCCCUGUAACGACUACAAUUUUUAUGUCGACCUAAGCUCGACCAUUGCAGUCAAGGCCCUUGAGGCUCUUGCUUUACUUCAAGAGGAGCUUCCCGCAGAAAUAUCCUUUUAUGUUCCAGAAACUUACCACAAGAGAAUUAUCGGUGUUGGUGGUAAAAAUAUCCAACGGAUCAUGAAAAAGUAUGGUGUCUAUGUCAAGUUUUCAAAUUCGGAGGAAUUUGCUAAUCUUGGCGGCUAUUUCGAUAAUUUGGACAAUGUCGUGGCACGAACCCCUUCAAAGAACGCUUUGAACUUGGAGAAUCUGAAGCAUGCGGUGAUGGAGCUAGUGAACCCCAAAGACAAGGAUUUUGUACACCAUUCAGUUUUAAUUCCAAAGCAACACCAUCUUUCUUUGCUUUCCGAUCAUGCCAAAGCUCUAAGGGAACUUCAAGAGACCUUUAAUGCCACUGUUCGAUUCCCUGAAAAAGAGACAGGAAGCGACAUUGUGUGGGUUUCAGGACCGGAGUCCUUGAUCCGCCAGGCAACAUCAACGCUUCUCUCAUACGUUGAUGAACAAUAUAUCUACCCAGUGCCCUUUUCGGAGGCGAUGUCUAGAGUCCUGACCAAGCCAGAGUUUAAAACCGAUAUUCUUGAAAAGAUGAAAAAUGAGUGGAAUAUGACUCUUAUUCCACCAACAACCAAGGACGUCUCAGCCACUAACAAAGAUGAGGAUGGUUCAGCAGGAGAGGUCGAUUCGACAGCAGCGAAAUCUACGCUAUCUCCUAGAAAGCUUAUUACUCCUUCACAGCAAAAACUCGACAAUACUUCGCGGGGUAGCGAUGGGGAUCAGGAUAUCAAUGAAAAUAGUAAGCUUGCAAGGUCUCUCAGCAGCCUGACAGACAGCGACGAUGACGACGAUGAUGAAGACAGUGAUGAGGAAGACCAUGUCUUUGUCUUCAAAUACAGUCGCAACAAUGAAGACUACCUUCAGGAUGCCAAACAAUUACUCGUGCAGUUUUUAAUCGACAAUCAGAUCGGAGUUUAUGAUGAUGAGAUUCGUGUUCAGCGCCCACGAUCCGACUCAUUUGCUGAAGCAUUUCCACACUUUAACAGCAAGAUUCUAUCAUCUGUGGCAGGUGGAGAGUUGCCCACUUCAACUCCCAGUUUCCCAAACUAUUCUCUGUUUGAGAAUGUUGGCAAUGCCUUUGAGGCAAUAAGUCUGGGUCCCUCGUCUACAAGCAGCGGAGCAAAUUCGGGUGGUCCCGGAGCAGGCUCCAUGGUGACCCCAGAUAUCCGUGCUUUGUUCUCAAAUGGGCCAUCACAGGGACUGCCUCCAUUGGCAUCCUCGCCUCCCCGAUGGCCUGAGCAGCAUUCACGCCAGUUGACAUCCGUGCCGGGAUCAUCUUCAGGCAUUGCGUCUUCCACUACUUCGUCUGGUCCUGCCCACUCGCCAAACCAGACUCCAGUGCCACAUCAGACCCAUGGACAGCCACCAUCUUAUAACAGACUGACGUCCUUGCCUAUCGACCCAUGGGCUAGCCCCGGUAAACAACAGCAGCAGCAGCAACCGUCCACAGCAGGCUAUCAUGGUACAAUUGGACAAUUCCGAACGCCACCACCAGGAAUGAGCAUCACAGGCGGCAACGGGUAUUACUCUCCUAGCAGCCACGGACAACUGGUCUUUUCACCUGAAGGACCAUAUGGAGGGACGAUGGGGUUUCAGGCCCCAGUGUCCAAUGUAGCAAACCACCUAUAUUCUAGUAACAGCUCUCCUGUCCAAGGAGCUUCAAGCAAUCUCGGGAACUUUGACUCACAGUCUCCUCGUCAGCAACAACAACAACAGCAGCACCAUCCCUUACCCCAGCGACCACUCUCAGGAUCAUUUGUCUCACGCGACAAUCUUCAGUUUUUGGAAGACAAGAUGUCCAUUCCAGCGUUCGGGCCAGGUUACGGUCCAGCACUUAACAGUGGAAGCAAUCGAUCUCAGCAGCAACUGAUGUAUCAACAGCAACAACAACAAACUGGCCAAACAUACCCCUCGCAACACCAUUUUGGCCAGCCUGUUCAAUACCCUCAACAUCGUCAACGGCAUUCUAGCCAUAACAGCACGACCAGUCACCAUACCAUGUUUCUUGGACCCAUUGGUGGAGGUCUCGGAUCGGCUAAUGGCAGUGUAAAUAGUGAUGAUAUCUCUACGGAGGAUGAUAGCGAUGAGCCAUUUGACGAUAUACGAUACAAGCACCGUUCACAUAACUUUUAUUCUCAUGGAAUGCAUGGAGGCAACACAGGAUUUGGACAACAAACCCCACCUCCUUCGGUUCUCGCAAACCGCAGAGGAUCUGUUCCGUCCAUGGGGUCUAUGUACAGUAACCAGCAGAUUUACCACUCAGAAUCGCUCCACCAUUCUACGAUGCCCUUGCCCAACGUUGUCCGAUUGAGUAAUAGCAGCUCUGAUCUGUAUGGACGAAAGUCAGUUGUGAAUACCAUGUCUCGCCCUUCGAUGGGCCAGCAGGGAGAUGGAAACAUAGUUGGCUCCAAUCGAAUGGCUGGAUUCGGCAAUGGAUCAUCUACGCUCAAUAUGUCUGGGCUUUCAUCUGGAUCUGUGUUUGGCAAUACCGAGCGAGACCUGUUUUCUAGUGGCCUUGGCGGCAUCAUCGGUGGUGGAACCAUUAGUCAAAGCGGUAAUUCGUUCAAUACCCAUCAUACCCAUACCAGCAGUAGCCUCAACAACAACAUCGAUGCCUCUCAACAGUCUCCUGUUAAUGGCCAUACCUCCAGUGGUGUCUCAUAUGAUGGACAUGCUGAAGGUCGUAUUAGCUCGACGUUAUCGCCCUCGGCGCUUCCAUUCAUUGCUGAUGUACCUUUGGAUCGUUCUGGACAGCAUCAUAUGGUCAGAGGCUGGGAUCACUAA